ACAACAACAACGAUACUGUUACACCCUCUUUCUCGCUCUACCCUUUACGCGUCCACACACCACCCAUCAUCUUCACACUCCCCACGCCGUAGUCCACACUAGUCCGUAGUGCAAAUGGAAGCUGCGCCUCUCCUUCAGCCCGCCAUGUACGACUCAGGCGACUUGCUCCAAGUCCGCUGCCAAAGUCUGUCUACUCCAACGAUUCCCUCCACUACUACCGUCUCUACCAUCCGAACCAUCGUUAUCUCAUAAAUUUCUCCACCUUUCAUCCUUUCUGUCAAUUUCCUUCUCAAAACCUUAGCAGGUAGAUACAGUGUUUGGACUUUGGAGCAUUAUCGGGAAUAAGAUCUCUGAAUCUAUCUCACCAAAAUGUCUUCGUUAAAGAGUUACGGCGCGUCCUUGAGAGAUGCCACCUUUCAGCUUCCGCGUCUCACCGGUGCCAAUAACAAUAAAAGGAGAAAUGGAAGAUGGAGAUCUCCAGAAGCAGCUAUCAUCCCUAAUUUCCACCUUCCAAUGCGCAGUCUAGAGGUUAAAAAUAGGACAUCAGCUGAGGAGAUAAAGUCACUUAGAUUAAUCACUGCCGUUAAAACCCCAUAUCUGCCUGAUGGCAGAUUUGACCUAGAAGCUUAUGAUGCGCUGAUGAACAUGCAGAUCAUGAAUGGUGUGGAAGGUGUGAUAGUCGGUGGGACGACAGGUGAAGGCCACCUGAUGAGUUGGGAUGAACACAUAAUGCUCAUUGGGCACACCGUCAACUGUUUUGGUGGAUCCAUCAAGGUGAUUGGUAACACUGGAAGCAACUCAACAAGAGAAGCAAUUCAUGCCACUGAACAAGGGUUUGCAGUUGGGAUGCAUGCAGCCCUUCACAUCAAUCCUUACUAUGGCAAGACGUCCUUGGAGGGUUUGGUUUCUCAUUUUGAGGCUGUUCUUUCCAUGGGCCCUACUAUUGUAUACAAUGUGCCAUCUAGGACAGGCCAAGAUAUUCCUCCCUCGGUCAUCCACACAGUUUCACAAAGUGCUAACAUGGCAGGUGUUAAGGAAUGUGUGGGCAACGAUAGGAUCAAAGAGUACACAGAUGAAGGGGUUGUGGUAUGGAGUGGGAAUGAUGAUCAGUGUCACGAUGCAAGGUGGGGUUAUGGGGCCACAGGAGUGAUAUCUGUUACUAGCAACUUGGUCCCCGGGCUGAUGCGCGAGCUCAUGUUCGGAGGGAAGAACACUUGUCUGAAUAAAAAGCUAAUGCCACUGAUUGAGUGGCUAUUUCGUGAGCCAAACCCCAUUGGCCUGAACACAGCUCUGGCACAGCUUGGGGUGGUAAGGCCAAUAUUUCGUUUGCCUUAUGUUCCUCUAUCUCUGGCUAAGAGGGUGGAAUUUGUGGAAAUAGUGAAGCAACUUGGGCGGGAAAAUUUUGUGGGAGAAAGAGAUGUGCAGGUUCUGGAUGAUGACGAGUUUAUCUUGGUGGGCAGGUAUUAGUCGGUGGUUCAAAUCUGUUAUUAUUUGUUGGAGCUGGCUCUGUUUUCUGUCGCUGUACAAAUUUGGAUGGAAUAUCACCAGAAAUGAUCAUCUUUACUUGAGUACUUCUCUAGUUCUCUACUACCUGUAGCUGUCAUCAUCAGCACUAGAAGCACUAGAAACUGAUUUUGCUAUUUGUUAAUUGGACCUCUUUUGUCUAUUUUGCAAGGGCUAGUAGUUAGAGAAGAAUGGUGGUGCAUGGAUUUAGUCAAUGUCUUAUUACCUUCUCGUCCGUCGUCUAGCUCCAAGCCUCCAAGUGAGUGAUUACUGAUUUGUGAUCGAGAGGUCAUUUGCAUUUCUUUAAUCACCUUAUCCUUAUCAAUAGCUGUAGCCAGGAUGCGGACCCUUGCAAAGCAUUUGGUUAUUAGCCUUUCUUGCAGCUGGUGUUCAUCUGACCGCUCUGGAGUCUAUUUCGAGCAGGAAUGUAUGAUUUUGUAGGCCCAUUGCCUUCAUCGGACGGUUCUAAUUGUUUAAAUCUUGUCUGAUAACCUGCGUGGAUUAUCUUAAUCUAACUGAUUUAUUUCUCUUUA